AUGCCAGCAUUACCGGAAACCGACUUGCCUGACGCCGAUAGCGCUGAUCUCGUGCUCUCCCACCCCACAGUAGAAGAAUGCAAUACCAUUUGCAACAACACGGCGAGUAGCUGGGCAGAUUCUCUUCCUCUCCCGGUGUACAUGGAAGAGUCGUUGUUUCUCACCACGGUUCCUCUAGCGCGCGACGGGGGCGUGACUCCAUGGAUCCUCGUGCAUAAAGAUGAAUUGCCAAACCAGCGCCACAUUCUGUGCUCAUGCGAGUCCUACAUCAAGCGUACCCUUACCAGCGACUCCAAGGGCACUAUCAGCGAUAAUAUUAUUAUUGUUCCAUUAGAGUCUAGUGAGCUCGAGGCUAUCGAUAAUAUUGUGCAUGGCAUUGCCAGCGUCUUUUGUGCUCCACCCUAUCGAGGUCGACGGUACGCACCGCGCAUGAUGCGCGAAGUAGCCACGAAACUACGUACAUGGCAAACAAACAAGCUGCCCUGCGUAGGCACAACCUUGUACUCUGACAUAGGAAAAGAGUACUACGCCAAACUAGGCUGGCGAGUCGCCGCCACAAACUCACAUGUCGAGCUCCAACCCGCAGCCAUCGCGUGGCCCGCCGGCGUCCACCCAAUCGCCGAGCACGACAUCGAAGACCUGUGUCAGCGCGACGAAGCCCGGAUACGCGCGCACAUGGCUGUUCCUGCUGCAGGGCCCAAAACCCGGUUUACCAUCCUACCGGAUUCCAAGCACAUGGGCUGGCACCUGGGCAAAGAAACCUUCACUACCAAGCACCUGUUUGGCAAAGUACCAACAGCCAAAGGCGCCAUUAUCGGUGCACCAGGCACCCAGAUCUGCGUCUUCAACAACGUCCUCUAUAUCCUGCGUCUCGUCAUUGAACGCGAUCAAACUGCCACCCGGCUUCCGUCUGACGCCGCGAAAAGGCCGUCUGAAGACGUGUGCGAACAGCAAACUGCGUAUCUCAAGGCGGUCUUGCAGGCGGCUCAGGCAGAGGCUAGCGAGUGGCGUCUGGAUUCGAUCCAGAUGUGGGAUCCGACGCCUUUGGCGGUGGAUUUAUUGGGUAAGACGGGGGUGGAGUAUCGUCUUGUGCAGAGAGAGACGACGAGUAUCGCCAGCUUGAUGUGGUAUGCUGACGGUGGGGACAUGCCGUUGUGGUUGAAUAACGAGCAUUAUGCGUGGCAGUGA